GCGUCACGUCCGGCUUCCUCCCCGCCCACCAGUGUGUGUCCCAAAUCUAAAACCCCUAGGAUUUCUCCUGGAGGGCUGCGAGAGGGCUCGCGGCUCUCGCCCAUGGCUCUCAGCCCAUCUGGGUGAAGCUGCUCGGCCCCGAGUUGGCGGCGUGGGGAAGCUGGCUGUAUCUUCCGUGGGCGUGGGCUGAGGCUCUGCAUAAACUCCAGUGGCAGCCUCAGAACUGAACCCCAUCGGGGACCGGGGGCACCCCGUCCUAGAGUCAGCCCAGGUCAAUUUAGGGACGGUUGGCACCGGGCGCCCAGGUGGCGGGCUUCUCUGGGCUGGACGCACAGUGCAGAAGAUGGAGAGACAGAGAACCACGUGAAGGACCUGUCCACCACACGGAGAUUCUGUGGCUGCCUUUGCUUCCUUAUUUUGCUGGAGCCCAGCAUGUUGGAAUCAACAUUCAUGUAGACCAGGACUGCUGUCUCUUCCUCUAGUUGUGUCUCUCUGCCUGGGCAGUUGCUUUGAUCCAUGUGGUCCAUCUUUGAGAUUCACUUCUCAAAAGUGCCCUCAGCAUGUCAUCAUCAGCAAAAUCCCAAGUGCUGGAGGAGACAGCGCCUGGCUGCGAAGAAGAGCCAAAAGGAAAAACACUUCUUACUUGGGGGUCUCUUUUUGGUCACCGAAAUGAGAAGAUUGUCUUUACCAAAGGUGAUGGCAGCCCAGAGGAGAGCCUGCUCACUGUCACCAUCACAGAGACUACUGUUAUUGAGUCGGACCUGGGUGUGUGGAGUUCAAGGGCUCUCAUCUACCUCACGCUGUGGUUCUUCUUCAGCUUCUGUACACUGUUUCUCAACAAGUACAUCCUGUCCUUGUUAGAGGGAGAGCCCAGCAUGUUAGGUGCUGUGCAGAUGCUGUCAACAACAUUAAUUGGAUGUGUUAAAAUAUUUGUUCCUUGCUGUUUAUAUCAACAUAAAACCCGGCUCUCUUACCCACCCAAUUUCAUCAUGACUAUGCUCUUUGUGGGCCUCAUGAGGUUUGCAACGGUGGUUUUGGGGCUGGUCAGCCUCAAGAAUGUGGCAGUGUCUUUUGCUGAGACAGUGAAGAGCUCAGCUCCCAUUUUCACUGUGAUCAUGUCUCGGAUGAUUCUGGGAGAGUACACAGGGCUGCUGGUCAACCUGUCCCUCAUUCCAGUUAUGGGAGGACUAGCGUUGUGCACUGCCACGGAAAUAAGCUUCAACAUCCUGGGGUUUUCAGCUGCAUUAUCCACCAACAUUAUGGAUUGUUUGCAGAAUGUUUUUUCAAAAAAGCUUCUCAGUGGGGACAAAUACAGGUUCUCGGCCCCGGAACUGCAGUUCUACACCAGUGCUGCUGCUGUGGCCUUGCUCAUUCCAGCAUGGACCUUCUUCAUGGAUGUCCCUGUGAUUGGUAGGAGUGGGAAGAGCUUCAGCUACAGCCAGGAUAUCGUGCUGUUGCUGCUGACAGAUGGUGCCUUGUUUCACCUUCAGAGUGUCACUGCAUAUGCCCUGAUGGGAAAGAUUUCCCCUGUGACUUUCAGUGUCGCCAGUACUGUGAAGCACGCCUUGUCUAUCUGGCUCAGCAUCAUCGUUUUUGGAAACAAAAUCACUAGCCUGUCUGCCAUUGGCACCAUCCUUGUCACAGUGGGUGUCUUGCUCUACAACAAGGCCAGGCAGUAUCAGCAGGAGACUAUGCAGAGUCUGGUCACAGCCACCAGCCGAAGCCCAGGAGAUGACACAGAUCCACUGGUUCCCCAGGACUCCAGACAGCACCACUGAUCACCUGAUGCUAUGUCCAGGCCUAGGCAUUUCUUCUGUGCUCCAUGGUGGAACAGAGAGGGAGAUGAUGCAGGGCAGGUCUCUUGCUCUUUCCUGGACAUGGGAAUUUGGAAAUCAGCUUCUGCUUGGUAGAGCCCUGCAGGAGGAAUCAAAUGACCUACAGCUCCCCGGCUGCAAGUGAACCUAUGUCUCAGUGCUCAGCUUGUACUACGGAAUAAGCACAGGCUCCAGUGUCAACCUGAGUUGCUGUCUCCUUGAUGCUAUUCAGGAGACCUAAACUUUUCUAUGACCACCACCACUACCACCACAGGCACUGAAGCAUCUUGGUUCUUGACAGUCUAUAAAACAGACAUUCCAGAUGCCAAUGACUCUAGUAUGGAGCCAUAAAACCCUGAGAAACCAGAGUCUCAGACAGAAUAGACAGUGUCUCCUGCCAUAGAGGGACAGGGCUAUGUGAAGGAAAGUGUCCCUUCUUGGCCUGUGCUUUACUGAACUACCUGCUCCAGGGUUGUUGUCCCAUGUUUCUGCUACCCAUUUUGUGAUUGCCCACUCUGGGAAGUUGGGGACAAAUCUCUAAUUCAAACAGAUGCUCUAGAGUGCUUUUCCAUUUUAAGAAUGAUAAAUGUGAAUUGGGCUGUUCUGAAUGGCACAGUUGGCUACCCUGUGAAGAUUCCCCUUCAAGAUGGAUGAUAUGGAAGUUUUGAUGAACAUUUGAGUGUAUACAGGCUAUGUUGUAGUUAAAGGGACACUGCUUUUUGACAUAGCAGGUGCCUGUGGAGGUUUCUCGAGUGUCUGCAUGUAAGAUACAUCGAGUCUACAUGCACAGCUAGCUCUUUACUAGGGAUCAUAUGAUGACUCCCUGAGCCACCAGGUGCCAGAACUUAAGAUGGAGUGGAGGACAACAGUGGGCCUUGGGCGUAAGACACUGAAGUUCUACAUUAUUCAACAUUUUGUGAGUUGUGUGUAGAGUGCAGUCUGUUGCCAGCCAGUCUUUAAGACUCUCUCCAUUACUUAUAAGCUGUAGCCACUGGCACUUCUUGUCCAAGUCUCACUGGUCCUCCCUUCUGUAAGCCUUAUGUGCCCAUGGUGGUUCACUGAUUUCAAAGUUGGCUUCUUACCUGGAAAGUAUGAAAAUAGCCCCUCAAAGAGAUAUUGGGGUAAAGAAGAGCAAUAAUUAUGUCUAUGUUUUAUUUACUUGAAAAAGUCAUCUGCCAUGAUGAUGGAUCAAAAUGAGGCCUUUUAAUCUAUAAGCUACCUUUUAAAAGAAGCUGAUGUGUGCUGGACACCAGCUAGCUGUGUCUUUACUAUGCUAUGUAAGCACCCAACUCCUUGUGAAGAUGUUCUCUCAUCUGACUUUGCCCAGGAUUCUAGUUCCUUCCUCUUUGUUCUUCUUAAAAUAAAGAUCCAAUGGGGAGGGUAGAUGGCAGAUGUUAGAUUAAUAUGUGCAGUAGACCUGUCUAUUCAAGAUCUAGCUAUGGAGCACAUGCUUGUGGGUAUUGGUUAGAAGAUCUCAUCUGGCCUUCCCAUAGACCAUGUCUAAGUAUUCUCAGAGUUCUAUAUGCCUGGCUUCUUACUAUUAUUUGGAAUUUCUGCUUGUGUAUAAUUAGGAAAUGGGUCCAUUGUGACUUGCUCAGGCCACUCCUCCCCUACAUCACCAGACUCAGCCUGUUUUGAUUUUCUAAAUUUUUGGACUAGAAACAAAAACUUUUUCUUAAAGCAAUUUUAUGUAAAGCUGCUUUUGAGAUUUGUCCUCAAAGGUGGAAAGAUCAUGGAAUCAGCCACUUCCUUCAGCUCUUCCAGGAGAGGGCUAUGUUGAGAGUCCUGGAAUGGCCCUGCCUGACCAUUUGUUAUGACCAUACCAUAACAAUAUAUUUUUAACUAAAUUUGUUAGUGCUUUCAUAAAAUACUAUGUUCUUCAUGA